GGUUCCGAACCACUUGCCUCCAACAAAGGUAGCAACAAUUGUUUUGUUUUCCCCCAAAAAUGAGCUGGCGAGACAGUCUCACCAGCAUUCCGGGCACGGUGGCCCAGUUGAUCAACGAGAGUGCCAGCACCCUGAUGCACGUCUCAUCCUCGCUGGGAUCAACAGUUGGCACUGGGGGCUCCAGUGGACCUGGGUCCGAGGGCGGGGGCUCCGAGGAGAAUGGGCCACAGGGCGAGUACAGGGCGCUGCCCAUUCCCGCCUCCCUAGUGCGCGAGCAAUGGCGCCUGAUCUUCACCAGCGAUGCCAAUAUCCAGGACCUCCAGGCGGCCAUUGCCCACUGCAGAGAUCUCGUCCUGCUGAGCGAGGAACUCAGCGAAGAGCGACGCUGGCUGGUGCGGCACCUGGUGGAUCUGCGAUACUCGCUGCAGGAACUGGAGGAGGCCCAGGAGCAGCAGUCCCUGUCCUCAGACAUGGUCGUGAUGAACGCCAUCCGGGCGGUGGUGGGUCAUCACUUUGUGCCCCACCAUCCACACCAUGGCAAGCGGAGUCGCCUGCAGGCAGCCGCCAAGAGGAACUACUGUGACCACUGCACCACCAUCAUUUGGAGCGUGGUGCAAAACUCCUACGUGUGCAGCGACUGCGGCUUCCUUGUCCAUCAAAAGUGCAUCGAUGGGGUGAAGAGGGUAUGUGCCCAUGUCCUGGUCUCUGAGCGCCAGCAUCCCAUCUCGGAGAUCUGCCCGGAAAUCGGACUGGCCGCCCAGGGAUACAAGUGCGCCGAGUGCGGAACUAUGCUAAAUAUAAAAAACACCUGGAUUGAGCCACGUCUAUGCGACUAUAGUGGAUUGUACUACUGUCCUCGCUGCAACUGGAACGAUAGCAACUUUAUACCAGCCCGCAUUAUCCACAACUGGGACUUUUCCCCUCGUCGAGUUUCGCGCACGGCUCUCCAGGAAAUCCGGUUGUUCCUGAACAAACCCCUAAUCCGUUUGGAGGAGGACAAUCCCAAGCUGUUUGUGUUCGUGGAGAAGCUGUGUGCGGUGAAGAAAUUGCGUCAGAAUCUUGUGCACAUGCGCCACUACCUGGCCGCCUGCAGGAUCGCCAGUGAUCUGAAGCUGGUGGAUCAGCAACUGGGCGGCAGACGACAUCUGGCGCAGUCCAAUGAGUUCUAUUCCCUAAAGGAUCUCACGCAGGUGGAGUCCGGAGCCCUCACCGAAUUCCUGCAGGCAGUUUUCAAGGCUUUCAACGAUCACAUAAGGUCCUGCCCCAUGUGCCUCGCCCAGGCGUACAUCUGCGAAAUCUGCAGCAACAACGAGGUGAUCUUCCCCUUCGACGACGGCUGCAUCAAAUGCGACCAGUGCAACUCCAUUUACCACCGCGUUUGCCUCACUCGCAAAAAUAUGAUAUGCCCCAAGUGCAUUCGCAUCCAGGAGCGGCGACUCCAACUGGAUCGCAUGAAGAGCUCCGAGGAUGAUGACGAAGUGGCCACCGAUGAUGAAGUGGCUCUUGCAGAAUAACUGAUACAAUCAGAGCUCACUUGAAACUGUGCUGGUUUUUAAUAUGUUAUAUGUACAUAAGAUGUAACUACAAAAUGUAUAACUACUAUUACUAUUAGAUUUAA